UCGGAUUGAAAAAUGAAGUUUACCAUUUUAGCUAGUUUAUAUUAUCAAACAUGAAACCGAGCCUAUGCGGUCUCAAUUUUGUUUUCAUGGGUAAAAAAAAAAAGCUUCACGUAGACUCUACAUCAUGAUCUAAGUUUAUUUGCAAUAUUAGCCCUGUGCCACAAGGAGACGCCAAGACGCGUGCCUCAUUCACGUUUGUAUAAUAGAUUGGCGAAAUUCAGGUAAUGUGUCUGUGACAUGCGUGAACAAGCAGGGCAACAACUCGUUUGCCAUUUUAACAGCAACGUCCAGAAGCCCUGACUGGGAAAGCAUUUAGUUGAUGAGGUCACUGUCGUCACAAGCAAAACAACCGCCGCUGUGCAGUGGCGCUGAACUGCGCUCUUUGGCCAUGGAACGAGCUUGGCCUGUCAUGUCGUGAUGGGGUGUUGCCUCCAAGCGGCCAUAUUUAAAAAUGCAGCGUGCUCCAGCGAUGAGGAGGGAGACACUUGUGACCAUGGCGGCCAGCGAGGCGGACGUUUUCGCAAAUGAAGACAAACGAACCUUGGAGCUGGGUGGCCACGUCGGCUUUGACGGUCUUCCGGAUCAAUUGGUCAGCAAAUCAGUCACACAGGGCUUCAGCUUCAACAUUCUCUGCAUAGGGGAAACCGGGAUUGGCAAAUCCACGCUAAUGAACACACUUUUCAAUACGAGGUUUGAAAAUGAAGAGGCCAGCCACUAUGAGCAAGACGUGCUUCUCCGACCACACACGUAUGACCUGCAGGAGAGCAACGUCAACCUCAAGCUGACCAUUGUGCACACUGUCGGCUUUGGAGACCAGAUCAACAAAGAAGAAAGUUAUAAACCCAUUGUAGAGUAUAUUGACAAUCAGUUUGAAAGGUACCUGGAAGAGGAGCUAAAAAUAAAACGUUCCCUGUACAAUUUCCAUGACACAAGAAUCCACAUCUGCCUGUAUUUCAUCGCUCCCAACGGCCACUCCCUCAAGUCUCUGGAUCUCGUCACUAUGAAAAAGCUCGACAGCAAGGUAAAUGUCAUCCCCGUCAUUGCAAAGGCAGAUACUGUAUCCAGGAGUGAACUGGACAAGUUCAAGAUCAAGAUCAUGAGCGAGCUGGUCAGCAAUGGAGUGCAGAUUUACCAGUUUCCGACAGAGGAUGAGGCCGUGGCCGAGAUCAAUUCUUCCAUGAAUACUCAUCUGCCAUUUGCUGUGGUCGGCAGUGUGGAAGAUGUGAAAGUAGGCAAUAAGAUGGUCAAAGCAAGAUUGUACCCUUGGGGUUCAGUACAGGUGGAGAAUGAAAACCAUUGUGAUUUUGUGAAAUUGAGGGAGAUGCUGCUGCGCGUCAACAUGGAGGAUCUUCGUGAGCAAACGCACACACGCCACUAUGAGCUUUACCGCCGCUGCAAACUGGAGGAGAUGGGCUUCAAGGAUGCAGACCCCAACAGCAAAUCGUUCAGCUUACAGGAGACAUACGAAGCCAAGAGGAAGGAGUUCUUCAGAGAACUUCAACACCAGGAGGAAGGAAUGAGGCAGAUGUUUGUCACAAAAGUAAAGGAGACUGAAGCAGAGCUGAAAGAAAAGGAAAAAGAGCUGCACGAGAGGUUUGAGCAGCUCAAACGGCUACACCAGGAAGAAAAGAAGAACCUAGAGGAGAAACGGCGGGAACUGGAGGAAGAGAUGAAUGCGUUCAACAGGAGGAGGGUUGCCACAGAGACGCUGAUGGGGCAGCCUCUCCAAGGUGCCGCUCAUCCUCUCAAGAAGGACAAGGACAAGAAGAACUUCUUUAGUCUUCCCUCUGCGUGCUCCUUAACCUCAUCCAGGAAUUUGAAUUAGUGGACUUUCUACUAACUACGCCAACAAGCAAUGGACGGACAAGCAAUUGUGUUAUUUUUCACACUUGAAUGAGCACUUUUACCGAAGAGCACUUCAAACGUUGCCAAGUGUCUUCCUUUUUCCUCUCUGCUCUGUAGUACCAUGGAUUGUGCAUGACUGAUAACCAUCUCCCAAGAAUGAAACUUCCUUCUAUGGAAAAAGUCAUCAUUUUGAAUGUGCUCCUCUUUAAUUUGCCAUGUACUUUUGACUGACUUCACUGUGAAAUAAUACAUAAUAAUAAAUCAUAAAGUUACAUGGUCAUACUAAAUUAUUAUUUUUUUAUCAUUUAAAUUCUGUAUUAAUCAGAGACUAUAAUAUGCUUUCAUUAGCAUGAUAAGCACCUUGCCAUACUAACAGUUAAUACUUAUAAGUGGAAAUGCGUGCUUCAGUUGCAUGAGCCAAUGUCACCCGGUAAAACCUCUGCCAUCAAUUCUCCAAUGAAAUAUGAUUAUUGAACUGCUGCUAUUUGUCCUAAAUUACAUAUAUAAGAACAAUAUUAAAAAAUAUAAUACAAAAUAUUUUCCAACCAUGACCAUUUUUAGUGCCAUAAGCCAGUUUAAGGAUUUUCAGAUCGUGAUAAGUAUUAUUAUUAUUUUACUGGUGGAAGCCUUCUUCUGUCAUUAAACUGUCUUUCUUUUACUAGCAAAAUCUUGAGGCAUUAGUUUAUUAAGAACACAUAUUAUUAAAUAGAAGCAAAAAAUUGGAACUUAUAAAAAGGCAGCACGUACUGAGGAGUUUUAUAGGGUUACAUCUCAUGACACAGCCAAUGAAUGUUUACGUUACAGUGCUCGCGUGGCAUCAAAAUUGCUGAGUGUCAGAACAGUAAUUCGCUGUUGUACACGUAAUCAUUAUAUGUAUGAUCAAAUGUUUGAUCUGUG